AUCGCGACGAGGUUAUGAACGCACGUGUGCUCAUAAAACAACGAUAAAUAUCAAAUAAACAGUGUAUCGAUAACAGAAAAUCGAUUCUCGAUAUGGCUUCGACACCAGUGAACCUACAGGAGUUAAAACCUGAAGAAUUUAAAUCGUUUCUGGAUUCAUUCGAUUACGUAUUUUCGGAUUGUGAUGGUGUAAUAUGGGCCAAAACCGCUUUACCUGGCGCUGGAAAAUUCUUCAGCUUGAUGAAGAAACAUGGGAAGAAAGUGCAUUUCGUUUCAAAUAACAGUCUUAGAAGUAAAGAAAACUACGAGAAGCGGUUUGAAGAUGCCGAAAUCGAAAAUGGUUUUGAAAACCUCACAGUGCCUUCGAUCGCGAUUGCCGAAUAUUUGAAGUCUGUCAACUUUGACAAGAAAAUCUACAGCAUCAGCUGCCCAGAGACUAACAAUAUGUUGAAAUCAUACGGAUAUGAAAUUAAAGAGGGUCCCGAUGUUGGAACAGACUACUAUGAAGACUACAUCCUCUAUUCUAAGGAUGAUCCAGAAAUUGGUGCUGUGGUGAUGGACUGUGACUUCAAAGUGAACUUGCCCAAGCUGAACAAAGCCAGCGCAUACUUGGCCAGACCUGAAGUAUAUUUCCUAUGUGGUGCUACCGACAAAUACGUCUAUCAUAAACCCGGGUUCCGUACUUUAGCUACGGGGGCCUUCACAGACUUAGUGGCUGAAGAAACAAAUCGAACGCCAGUCACAUUGGGUAAACCUGGUAAGGCGUUUGGAGAAUUUGCUAUGAAGAGAGCUGGAGUAUCAGAUCCUAGUCGUGUCCUUUUCAUCGGAGACAUGAUUGAGCAAGAUGUGGGCCUUGGAAAAGCGACUGGCUUCAAAACCUUGCUGGUUUUAAAUAACCUAACUGUCGAUAUGAUGCUAGGUCACAAAACGAUCAAACCAGAUUUUUACGCCCAAUCACUAGGUGGAGCGGAAGAAGACUGUCACUGUCAGACUCUUGCUGACUUGGCCGAGGUCGCGGUGACUCAUAGCGCUUACCCCGCAACCCCGGCUGAACAUCAGCCCUAUAGGGCCCCGACUGCGGCGGUCUAUUGGCUCUUUGAGGCGCGCGCGCAACGCUACGCACCGUACGCUCUGGUCUGGUUCUAUUCGGACAACUACCCUUACUCGCCGUCCACAAACCCGCGCUUACGGUGGCCGGAAAUUGUCUCUUGA